AUGCUUGCAUCAAGACCACUCAGAACGUGUGUCCAAAAGGAAAACUCGUCUGAACGAAAGUUCGUGCAAUUUCCAAGCACUCUCUCAUGUCAAUUAGAAAAACUAUUUUGUGCAGACGUAUUGAUGCUUCAAGGAAAAGAAAAAACUUCAGUCUCUAUCAGCCCAGCAGCAUGUGCUUUAAAACUGGAGAAAGUCAUCAUGAUUUAUGUAUUUUUUCUCAAGACGUUUUUUGUUUUCUUUCAUUUAGGUCAUAACAUUUAUAUUAUUUUCACUCAAAUCGUUCCUACUCGAUGCUUCAAAAAAUAUGAAGUGAAAUCAAUUAUUAUUUUUAAAAUAAAGCCAAUCCUACUUUUAUUAGUCAUGACAGUUUCACUAGCCGUCGCCAACGAGGACUACUCAAUUGAAGCUCUCAAAAACGAAACCAGUACAGAAAAAGUCAUCAUCCUCUACAACGGAACUUUCACCUGUGCCAAUACACCAUUUUGCGCAAUGGCAACUUAUCACCGAGCGACGAGAGACAACUUGAAAAUUCCUCUUGAAUUCCUGCCGCUUCGAAAAGUUUUUUGUCAAAACAACAGAUUUUUCAAACUACCUAUAGCUUCACGUUCCCAGAAGAAGCUCCUCAAGAUUGAGCAGCUUCUUCUUUGA